AUGGCGGACGUUAGACAACGUAAACAGAACGGUGAUUACAGCAGCUCGUAUGUGGGACCUGUACGAUCUGACGGAUGUGAGAGUCGGAAAUAUGGCCGACCGGAAAACCGUAAGAGCAAGACAGAAGUUCGAUCCUUCAGGGUCAAGGUUACCGGAAAGGUUGUUGUCGGACACCAUGAAGGAACCAACGAGACCACCUAGAACAAGAACGCAGCAGCCAACGACGGUUCAUAAUUCCGAUUUUGGAAAUGUUAUGCAACGCAGCGUCAUUGUAGAAGCGCGCGCGCAGCAAAGGCCGACCGAGAAGGCCUCGAUGACGACCCUCGACGAGAACGUGAAUCGUAUACCACGACAACAACGCAAAAUAGCUGAAAAUAUGGAUUAUCUAGAAAAGAACGAUCGAAUAGAAAGGAUCGCACCGAACGCACAAAUGCAGAACACAUCAACAGACGAUGGGCGACCUGUGCAAGUGGUACUUGCUCAUCCGGAUCAUACCUUCGAAUUAGAUGAAGAUGCAUUGUCGGAAAUUCUUUUACAAGACGACAUAAAAGAUAGAAGUGUGGUUGUCGUCUCUGUUGCAGGUGCCUUCAGGAAAGGCAAAAGUUUCCUCCUUGAUUUUUUUCUUCGUUACAUGAACAACAAGUACACAUUACAAAAUAACACUGACUCUUGGUUGGGCGCCGAAGACGAACCACUGAGCGGUUUUUCUUGGAGGGGCGGUUCUGAAAGGGACACUACGGGAAUACUAAUGUGGUCGAAGGUUUAUCCCGCUACCUUGGCAAACGGUGAAAAAGUCGCUGUCAUUUUGAUGGAUACUCAAGGCGCUUUUGACAGUCAGUCAACGGUGCGGGAUUGCGCGACGGUGUUCGCGUUAAGUACAAUGCUGUCUUCUGUCCAAAUAUACAAUCUGUCGCAAAAUAUUCAGGAAGACGAUCUUCAACAUCUGCAAUUGUUUACUGAAUAUGGUAGACUGGCAUUGGAAAGUUCUGAGAGCACGCCGUUUCAAAGACUGCAGUUUUUAGUCAGAGAUUGGGUCUAUCCGUACGAGGCCGAAUAUGGCGCGGAUGGUGGAAAGAAAUUGCUUGCGAAGAGGUUGGAGAUUUCCGACAGGCAGCAUUCGGAAUUACAGAGUUUACGAAAACACAUCAAAUCUUGUUUUUCGGAUAUAUCGUGUUUCCUCAUGCCACAUCCCGGGCUCGAGAUUGCAACGAAUCCUAAAUUCGACGGUAGAUUGUCCGAAAUACAGUCCGAGUUCAAAAAUCAGUUGAAAGUACUCGUGCCUAUGAUACUGGCGCCCCAAAAUCUAGUGACCAAGAAAAUCAAUGGUCAGGUUGUGAAAGCAAAAGAUCUAUUGGAAUAUUUUAAAAGUUAUAUUAAUCUUUACAAAGGAGAUGAAUUACCCGAACCGAAAAGCAUGCUAGUGGCUACAGCGGAAGCUAACAAUUUAACUGCUGUAGCUGAAGCCAAGGAUUUGUAUCUUCAAAUGAUGGAAAACGUUUGCGGUGGGGGGAAACCGUUUUUGGCGACCGCUCAUUUAGACUCGGAACAUAAUCACUGCGUGGACUCGGCUCUUCGUCAAUUUCAGAAUAAACGAAAGAUGGGUGGAGAAGAAUUUAGUAAAAUAUAUAUGGAAAAAUUGAUCAAGGAUUUGGACGAAGCGUUCUUGCAAUUUAAGGCGCACAAUGAGAGUAAAAAUAUUUUCAAAGCAGCGCGAACACCCGCAGUGUUCUUCGCACUUGCUGUAACUAUGUAUAUUUUAUCCGGAAUAUUUGGUCUUGUUGGUCUGUACACAAUAGCGAAUAUAUGCAACUUCUUAAUGGGCUUCGGCCUUCUCACGCUUAUACUAUGGGCUUACAUCAGGUAUAGCGGAGAAUUCAGAGAAUUUGGCACACAGAUAGAUGAUAUGGCCAAUAAAAUAUGGGAGAAUUGUACUAGUGAAAAUCAAUAUUUGAAAAAGCUGAGUGCUAACAGGAGCAAAUAUCUUGUUCAGUUCAUGAAGCCAAUCUAUCAACACUUCGUGGAGAAAUCAGUGCCUGGCGGUGUCAUGGCAAUGGCGCAGGUUGCUGAAAUAGCGGUAACAAAUUCAACAUUGAACGCCACUGUCACUGCCAAUGGCAAACCUAAAUCAAUGUAAUAUUCAUUCCUACAAUGGCUCGAUUAUUCAUACCAAUUGAAAUGCUAUAUCCUUAUAUGUUAAUAUUACUAUAAGUGGCAACUAAAAAAAAUUUUUACAAUACAAAUAAUCUUUUGACACCGCCAUAAAUACUUUUUUCUUAAAUCAGAUUACGACUUAAACAUACUAAUCUAAAAUGACUGUGAAUGUAUAUACACAUGAAUUAUUCUACUCGUAAAACAGCGUUAGUUUGGUGGAAAAUCGUGUGAUUAUUAGUAUUGUCUAGUUUCUAGUAUAUCCUUGGUAUAAUGUUGUUAAAAAUAAAAUAUUUCUUAUAUACACUGGUGGAAGAUAUACUUAUUAUUGUAGUUUGAUCUGAAAGUUUUAUUACAGGGAUGUUAAUAUACCUUAAAAAGUUACACAAGUUUAUAUAUUAAACCGUAGGAAAAUGCAUUUGUAAAAUGUUGAAAAAGAAAUUGAAUUUGUCUUUCUUGUUUUUCAUUAAACACAUAUACAGUCUUUUUGAUUUUCUAAGUUUUCUUUUCUUUUUCAUACAUAACUAGGAUUUUGUUUCGUGCACUUUUGCUUUUUAAAAUUAACCUGUUUGAUAUUUUAUCUGUUAUUUAUUAUGUGCUUAGUCUAACAAGUUUCAGAUUACAUUUGUGCCAGAGAUGCUCUACGUCAGUUAAUUGUAUCAAGCUAUUGGUUAAUAAAAGAGAAUGUAUAUACUGUA